UUGUCCUCCACCCAGAUAGAAAAACAACAGGCAGAGUAUAAAAGGGGGGAGCAGGGGAGGAACAGACUUGUUUUUCUUCAAGGAGUUGCAGCAAGGCAGAGCUGAGCACAGAGCAGGAAACUUUUUAACCAAAGGAUUAGGGCAGUGAGGAGGCACCGCAGGGAUGUGGGCGUGCCUCAGCCUGCUCGUCACUCUCUGCCUGCUCCAUGGGGGCGGUGCAGAGAGUGACGGGGGUGGGCCUCGUUGUCAGCUGCCACCAGCCUGGAAGAUAGGCGAGGUGGAUCCAAUGAAGGAGGCGAUGGGCCAGGUGACAGUGGUGGCCCUUUUCCAGGCCAGCUGAUUAUUCUGCUUGGUGCAGGCUACCAGAGUGGACGGCCUGCGCCAGAAGCUGGAGAGUCAGGGUCUGAAGGAUGUGGUCUACAUGGUCAUCAACCACCAGGGGGAGCAAGCACAGCGCCUGCACACCAUGCUGGCACAGAGACUAUCAGAGAACAUCACACUCUACAAACAGGACACGCAGGAGCCUGAUGUCUGGCAGACACUGGGUGGAGAGAAAGAUGACUUUUUCAUUUAUGACAGGUGUGGCCGUCUCACCCGCCACAUUUCUCUUCCAUACUCCAUCAUUGGACAAGGCCAUGUGGAGAGUGCGAUCAAAGACACCUACUGCAAGCGCAUCUGUGGGGAGUGCACACAUGAGAGCACUGAGAUCCCAGAGGAGUGCAAAGUGAAAGCAGAUGCACAGCCUGACGCAGACGGAAGCCCACCUGUGGAGGAAGCCACUGGACAUGGUCACCAUCAUGGGCAUCACCAUGGCCAUGGCCACCAAGGAGAUAAUCAUGGUUUUAACCCUCGUGGCUUUGGUCACAACCAUGGUCAUCACCAUGGAAAUCAUAAUGGCCAUGGCGGUGACCAUGGACAAAGUCAAAGUCAGCAAGGUGUUAGACAGCAAGACCAUGAGGAAGAUGGGCAAAGACAAGAUCAUUUAGAUUUAGGCCAGAUGCAGCAAGUGAUGCACAUGCACCAGAUGUUACAGGAGGCUCAUGUGAGGCCUUGAGUACCAGAGAAGGCUAGGUGAAAGUCAAAGCACAGCUGACAGUGGACAGCAGGCUCUGACAAUGAAGCCUCUCCUAAGGCCAGCUGAUGCUGACACUGACGCAGGCUGUUUGGCGAGGCAGGCAGUGAGCAGCCGGUCGGUCUCUGACACUGUGAUGAGGCGCUGCCCGCCUCCUGACAGUGACACGGACUGAUAGGCGAUGCAGCCAAUAACGUUAGGGAGACCUGACAGUGACGCUUGCCUCCGGCUGACUGACAGCAGCCUCAGCCAGCCCAAUGAGCCUGACCCCAAGGUGUGAGCUGAGGAUGAGAGCAGCUGUAAGCUGGCUCUGAUAUCAGUCUCAUAUUAAUACCAGCCAGAAACACCGGGGGCUAAGCGCUCUUUUUACCAACAAGUAUUACCCUGGGAGAGGGCAGGGCAAUUCCUGACAGCAUGUGGGAUAGAUGAACAGGUCCAACAUCACACUGAUAAAGACAAAAUAAGGUAGAUAAACACCAAAAGCAAGUAUUGGCAGCUUGUUAAAUCGUAACAUUUGGCAACAGAUAUGCAAAUAAUUGGAUUGUGCCUUAAAGAAUAUAUGUCGUGUUUCACCUGUCUCCGCAUGUCUGUCAGUGGGUUGCUCUCAUCCUUUCUCAGGAGUGUAUGUGGUUGUCAUGUUCAUUAAUUGCCUCCUCCAUUUUGCUCUCUCCAUCCUUUAUGAAACCAGGCGCAGAAACUACGCUCUAGUGGCGUCUGUUGGAAGUCAGGCAGGAGAGGGAGGAGAGGGUAGUUCAGGAACAUGACAAACACUAUAAAACAUUUUAAAAUUCAGUAUCAAAGGAUAUUUGAGGGAACAAAAAAAUUUGAAUGUGCAAAUACUGAAAAAAGAAAUGAUUAAUUACAGAUUUGUGUAAUCUUUUAUUCGGGGAAACCUGAAAGCACUGGCCCGUUGAAGAGUCCUACAUAAAAAUUUAAAAGCAAACCUAAAAAGUUUUAUACCAGUGAUAUUUCUAUACGUCAUGCUAUUGAUUGUUCUUGAGCACAUAAAAGAGCAGUGACUACCACAAAUUACUUUCUUUUUGUUUUGAGUCCACAAGCUUAAACAUAUAUCAGGUUCAUCUUUCACCACACAUGCACGUUUUAAAUGUUGGUAUUCCUGUAUAUGUUUUUCUUUGCAUUUUCUUUGCAAUUUGCAAACAUUUAUACAAGGCUUGCUUAAAAAAAAAAGAAUACAAGGCUCUAUUGUGUAGAAAAGGUCAGAGGGGAAAAAAGAAUGCAGCAAUAAAUAACUGUUGGAAUACACUCUGUACUUAAUGAUGGCUUCUGUGGAAAGAUAAGUCACCUGGAAAACCUGAUGUUUGUACAGAGAACUGUAUUGUGGUAAGGUUGUCAAACAUGGAAACAGUUGAAUAAAGAUGGUUGAGUUAC